AUGGAGUAUGUGGAUUGCCAUUUCCAUGUUUGGGCCUUGGAGAAGUUCAAGUACCCUUGGCCAACGCCGGACAUGCGGAUCCACAAGGACUACUGGCCAUGUGGCCUUGAGAAAAAUAUAAAAGACAUACCCGUUAAACACGCGGUCUUCGUGCAGUGUUUGAACGCGAGCUUCGGGGGCACAGCGGAAGCAGAAUGGGUGAUGGACAUGGCCACGCGUCACCCGGUCAUUGUUGGCGUUGUGGCUGGACUCGACCUGACCAGUCCAGAUCUGGAUUCCGUUAUCACGUCGCUAAAGGCAAAAGGUUGUUUAAAAGGGGCAAGACAUAUUCUAGAUUUUGAGGCAGACGAUUGGAUAACUCGAGAUGACGUCAGCAAAGGUCUCGAGACCCUAGCUAAACAUGACCUCACAUUUGACCUGCUUGUAAGGCCACAUCACCUUCCAUUGGUCCCAACCGUCGUCGCAAAACACCCGAGCCUUCGUUUCAUCAUAAACCACAUUGCCAAACCAAUAUUCUCGGAGGGUAGGACAACGGGCUGGUGGAAUGACAUGACACAGAUUGCCAAAUUCCCAAACGCUUUCUGCAAAAUAUCUGGGUUGAUUUCUGAGCAAAAAGAAGACACAUGGGGGUCCAUAGACUACCCACCGUUCAUUGACCACGUUCUCUCAGUAUUUGGAGUAGACAGAUGUGUGUUUGGAUCAGACUGGCCCGUUUUCGAAAAUGCUGGGGUCACCUAUGAAGAAAACCUCGCCAAUACAGAAACACUCCUGGCAAAACUCGACCAAAAUGAGAGAUUGAAGAUAUUUCGGGAAAACGCUAUCAAAUUUUAUAAAUUGGAUUUGUAA